AUGACGGAGGUGGAAGUGUCGGACUGGGCGCGGCUGGAUGCUAGCGGGCAGCCGGGCAAGAUACUCGUGCAGCUGGAUGGCAAGAAGAGUUUCCAGGACAACGCCAAGGCAUGUUUCAAGCAGGCCCGGAAGAUCAUGAACUCCCAUGAGAAGGUCGGGCCGAUGCUGAAGGAGAAGAGGGCUGAGUUAGAGUGCUGGCGCGUGCACGCAGAAAAGGCCGCGGGCUGGAAAGAGGAGGCUGGUAGUUCCGACGGGCUCUCGGCGGAGUCGGCGACGCUCGUGUUGGAGCUCUACGACGCUAUGCUGGAACAGGGCAUCAUCAAGGUCAAGCUGCCGCCUGUCGCGCCGCUGCUGGACCUGGAGGAAGAGCAGCGACUCGCAUUCAAGCGGAAGUAUGGCAAGGACAUCGAUUGUUAUCGUACGCCAGGGGGGCAUGAGGUGAUCGCGGGGCGAUCCAGCAAGAUGAACGACUAUGUCUCCACGAAAUUGGCCAAGGGAGACAUGAUGUGGUUUCACACGGACCGUGGAAUUCCUGGGUCGCACGUGUUGAUAAAAGCGCCGUGGUCGGAGAUCUCGGAGGAGGACGUCGAGUUCGCGGCCAGGUUGGCCGCAUAUCACUCCAAGGCCAAAGACGACCACCACGUUCCGGUCAUGUACUGCGCGGGCGGGAGCGUGAGAAAGCCAAAGGGGGCUCGGACUGGACAGGUAACAUGCACUGGGAGAACCUACUCCAUCGUUGUUACGCCGGGCCACCCCGACGACGCAUGA